AUGCCUGAACUCACCGCCGAGUCUGAUCCUGUCGCGUUCUAUGGCUUCACUGCCGUUCCUCGUGAUCCAGAUGUCCUAUUCAAGGACCAUCCCACCGCAUCAGGAUCUAAUCCCAAGCAAGAUCUCUUCACCGUCGCAGACUUCCCAGCGCCCGAUUCGGCCGUGAUACAGGCCGUCGACGCUUUCGUCAAGAAAGAGCUUAUUCCGCAAACAUACAACCACUCCCGGCGCGUCUACGUCUACGGACUCGCAAUCGCGCGCACCCACUUCCCCGAGUGGCGCUUCGAUCCCGGCACCUACUACCUGUCCUGUCUCCUCCACGACAUCGGAACCGCCGAUCGCUUCCUGAGCACGACGAAGAUGAGCUUCGAGUUCAAGGGCGCGAUCGUCGCGCGCGAGCUCAUAAGGGACCAUGAAGGAGCGGAGGACCAGGCGGAUAGUGUCUGCGAGGCGAUCGUACGGCACCAGGAUAUCUUUGUGACGGGUGGAAAUAUCACCAUGGUCGGUCAGCUCUUGCAGCUGGCGACUAUACUCGACAACGUUGGCAAACGGGCGAACUUGGUGCACAAGGACCUUAUUGAGUCUACGGUGAAGGCGUUCCCGCGCAACGGCUGGAGCGGCUGCUUUGCGGGCACAAUUCACAAGGAGCUCAACCUCAAGCCGUGGUGCCAUACUACGACGUUUGAGAGUCCUAGUUGGCAGCCAGGCGGGUCCAGCAACUUCGCUAACGACGUCCUCGGGAAUACAGUCAUGCAGCCUUACGACUGA